CAUACACAAACCCGCAUUGGCGACCCUAGUGGGACCGCCCUAGUGCGGAACAUCCGCUCCGAUCCCUGCCGACCGGAGAACAAGCUACACCACCCCAAAAACCAUGCUCGACUCGGAGCUGUACCCACGCGGCGGGGACACUCAUCACGGGCAGCACGGACAUCAUCAUCAUCACCACCAUCAUCACCAUCAUUAUAAGUCCCCGCAUCACCGCCACUACCACUCACCCUCGCCCCAUCAUCACCAUCAAGGGGCAGAGCGCGAGCGAAAGUCAAGAUCGUCCCCGAGACAUCACCAUCUUCAGCACAGCGAUGGGGAGAAGCUGAAGUAUCAGAACGCGUUCGGUGGUUCGGUGGGCAAUAUUGGUGGAUCGUCUUCGUCGGAGAAAUACCACAAAUUCUUCCCCCAUCAUCUACUGUCGGGUGGUGGUAGUGGUACCGGAGGUAGCGGUGGCUACUUUGAUCUGAGUGACAAACUGGACAGUCUGAAUCUUGGUGGUAGUCGAGGUUCGGAAAAGAGUAGUCUUAUUAGUGGGAGUGGAAGUAGUGCGCUGAGUGGAGGAGGUGAUAGUAACAACAACCAUCAGCACCAUACGUCCGGUUCGGCUAGUAUCCUGAGCGAUACAACCGCGGCUGGUAGUGGUAGCAAUGCGAGUGGAGGAAGCAGUAAAAAGCGCACGAUAGUGCUGGUGGGUGAUGGACGGAGUCGUGUGAGACGAGUUGUAAGGACACAAACUAGGCAUAUCACUGUGGUGAGCUACUCGGGGCGGAAGAAAGAAACGGAAACGCACACCAGCCAUCACGCGACUAUCGUCAGUUUCCCACAAAAAAUCGAUCGCCCAGCGCAGAUCUACUCCACACACCAUCAUCAUCCGAGCAGCGGUGGCAGUGUUGCCAGCAACAAUGGUUUGCUGGCGAGCGGUGGCAGCAGCAGCCUCGGCAGCACCAGCCUGUGCGGCGUUGGGCCCGGCGGUGGAUCGUACGUCUACGUGCACCAGCAGCAGCCACAGCCGAACCACCAGCAGCAAUCAACGCAACACUAUGUGUCACCGCAGCAGCUUACCUACCAUCUGCAUUCGGCAACCGGUGGCACCAACAAUGGGACCGGCAACGGAUACCAUCACCACGGGUCGCAUCAGAACAUCGCUACGCCCACCCUCCACAAGAAGGGCUCCAUCCGCAGCAAUGGCGAUGUGCUCAAGCGAACACGUGUGCAAAAUGCGUAUGAACUGUCGCAGGAUCUGCUGGACAAGCAGAUCGAACUGUUGGAGCGCAAGUACGGUGGAGUGAAGGCACGAAACGCGGCCCUUACGAUUCAGCGCGCCUUCCGCCACUACACGAUGGUGAAGAAGUUCGCCUCGAUCACGGCUAUGGCUAAGGCGGAGAAACGCAUGAGCCGUAGGGUUCAGCAACAGCAGCAGCAGCAGCAGAACGAGAUGGACAUGAUGCAUCACCAUCCACAUCACCUUCAGCCGGCCCUGGAGGAUGGACAGAUUUACGCUACCGAAGAUGGCACUAUGGUUGGCCAACAGCGUGUCUGUGCAACUAUCUCCGCAACGCCACCAGGAACGCUACACCAUCGUGUGACACCGGUCCGCUCGAUGUCGCUGCGGGAACGUCGUCUCGAUUCGAGCCCCAUCCCACGCAGUCAGUCCGGUACCGCAUCACCCGCACCCGUCCCGAUCACCUCUUGGAGCCAAAGCCCCACACAGCUCGUUACGGGUGCUGCCGCCACCCAACAGCAGCAGCAACAACAGCAACAACAGUACUCCCAUCCACAUGUAAAUAUUCUGCACCAGCAGCAGGCUCAGCUGGCCGGGUAUGGUUACACGCCGGCCGUGUCUGUUCCAUCGCACACCGCAGUGAUGCAUCAUCACCAGCAUCAGCAGCAGCAGUACCAAAGCCAGUACGGUUCGCAGGAUUUGAAUGUGAGCGGUGCCAGCUCGAGCUCGCAGCUCGAUUCUACCGUCUCGUCCAUGAAUCUGUCCUGGAACUCACAAACGGCCAGCACACACCAAAGUCCCUACACGCCACACUACACCGCCGCCCAGAUCUACAUGCGUCCGCGUGGUAUCGGUAUCGGUAGCUCGGGUGGUAGCAGUGGCAGUACGUCGAGUGCUAGCGGCCGGAAGGUACCUCCGGAGGUACCGAAGCGUACCAGCAGUAUCACGGGCCCUGGAGGACAGCACACACCGAGUCGUUCACUGCGUCCGAAUGGGCUGUGCAAGACGGCCGAGAAUGGUAGUCUCAGCUCGGUGCAGUCCUCUGGCAGUGAUUCGUCCGCUUCGGCUGAACGAGGUCUAGCGGGGGUUGGUAUCGAGCUGAUGGGUUCAUCCGAUCGAUCCAGCUCUCCGCAAUGGAAGCGAAAAGGCCCAGGCAGUAGCCAGAGCGGUAGCAUAACUCUUCUUCCAGCUCAAUCACCCGAUCACAUGCUGAUGAGUGCGAGUGCUGGAGAUGCCGGUACCGGUGCCGCAGGACGUUCGAUUCAUUCCACAGUUGCGACUGCCACCGCCACAGCAACAGCUGCCAGUGGUGGUGCUGUUGGUGGUGGUGCUGGAAGUGCCAACGUUACGAUCGCCAGCAUCGAAAGUGAAUGUCUCAGCUCACACACGAGUGCCGCCCAAUAUUCGAUGGAACAGCACGAUCAGAUCGUACACACGCCCACCUCCUACAAGGUGUCGGAAACGAUUCGCAAACGUCAGUACCGUGUGGGACUGAAUCUGUUCAACAAAAAACCCGAACGUGGCAUCACGUACCUCAUCCGGAAAGGAUUCCUCGAGAAUACCCCGCAAGGUGUGGCACGAUUCUUGAUCUCCCGCAAAGGACUCUCCCGGCAGAUGAUUGGCGAGUAUUUGGGCAAUCUGCAGAACCCAUUCAAUAUGGCUGUGCUGGAUUGUUUUGCCGGUGAGCUAGAUCUGUCCGGUAUGCAGGUCGAUGUGGCGUUGCGCAAAUUCCAGGGCUACUUCCGUAUGCCGGGCGAGGCUCAAAAGAUCGAACGGCUGAUGGAGGUAUUCUCGGCCCGGUACUGUCAGUGUAAUAGCGAUAUUGUUGCUCGGCUCCGUUCACACGAUACAGUGUUUGUGUUGGCGUUCGCCAUCAUUAUGCUCAAUACGGAUCUGCACACACCGAACCUGAAGCCGGAGCGUCGGAUGCGGUGUGAUGAUUUUGUGAAGAAUCUGCGCGGCAUCGACGACUGUCACGAUAUCGAUCGAGACAUGCUGAACGGGAUCUAUGAGCGGGUAAAGGCGAACGAGUUUAAGCCCGGGUCGGAUCAUGUCACGCAGGUGAUGAAGGUGCAGGCGACGAUCGUGGGCAAAAAGCCGAAUCUGGCGUUACCGCACCGUCGGUUGGUUUGCUACUGCCGGCUGUACGAGAUACCGGACAUAAACAAAAAGGAGCGACCGGGUGUACAUCAGCGGGAGGUGUUUUUGUUCAACGAUCUGCUGGUGAUUACGAAGAUCUUUAGCAAGAAAAAGUCCUCCGUUACGUACACGUUCCGGAAUAGUUAUACGCUGUGCGGGAUGGUCGUGACGCUGCUGGAUGUUCCAAACUACCAAUUCUGCAUCCGGCUCUCCCAGAAGGUUGAUGGCAAAGUGCUGGUCACGUUCAACGCACGCAACGAGCACGAUCGGUGCAAGUUUGCAGAGGAUUUGCGCGAAUCGAUCAGCGAGAUGGACGAGAUGGAAACGCUUCGUAUCGAGGCGGAACUGGAGCGCCAAAAGUCGGCCCGCGGUACGCGCACCACCAACAGCGAAAAUCGGGACAGUGGUGUGGCCGAUGUGGAGGUCUGUGCCGGUCCGUAUCCGGCCGGUGUCGGUGGGCUCGUGCCGGGUAGUGUCGGUGGCGGUGUAUCACCGAACGAGUGUGGUCUCGCGCACAGUGAUGCACAGCUGAAGCGUAGUGCCCUCAGCAAUUCGCUGCUCGAUAUGCACGAACAAUUUGGCAAUGAAAAGCCGCAACGGCGCGGCAGCGUCGGCUCAUUAGAUAGUGGUAUGUCGAUAUCAUUUCAAUCCACCUCCGCAAGCACUGGCUCACGUAGCGAUAUCAAAGUACGAAUGCUGCCUCACAGCAACACCUCCGGUCAGAUAAUCAUGCAUGCCGGUCAGCAUCCCGCUGCCCUAAUGGGUGCCAUCUAUCAUCAGCAAAUUCAUCACCAUCAACAGCAAACGCAGCAGGCUAUGGCAGCGGGUACCGCACAUCAUCAUCCGGUGGUCGGCAGCAGCAACAGCACCACCGGCGGUGUGAUCGUUUCGGUGGGUCCACCGGGAUCCUCCCAACAUCCGCAUCCGCAUCAUCAUCACCCUGGUGGGCAACCUACAGCGGCAGCAGUCUCCAGCCAGCAGCCAGCGUUGAACAGCAACGGUAUGGUGAUGAUGGUCGGUACGAGCACCACCACUAUCAACCCGAACUCCAGCACCAACAGCAGCAGCAGUGGAGCUAUACAUCGACGCGAGCGGAAACCCUCCCGUACCGAAGAUGCCGCUACGGUAGCAGCACUGGCCCUGGCAGCCAGUGCGGGAGCCUCUAGCGCUAUGAACGCCUCCAGCAGCAGCGCCGGACCCAACAACAACCAGGCACAGCCGGGAGCAGGAGGGAACUAUGGUCGCUCAACGGAGGUAUAAAAAAGCAGCAGCAUCAGCUAAGGAAAGAAGACGAUCCUCAUCUCACAAUACAAUCACACACGGCAAGGAUCA